AUGGAAAUCAGCAUCCCAGGUACCUGCGAACAUAACAACACACCGAUGAUCAAAACCCAGCGUGUUCGUCGGCGUGCUCUCACAUGUGCCAGAUGUCGGCACCGAAAAAUCACUUGCGAUGCCAUUUCGCCGUCAUGCUCGUCAUGCCUGGCGGCAGGAGCAUCUUGUGUUGCCUGGAACUCGGCGGCAAAAUCCACUGCGCCACGCAGCAUCGUGAGAUAUCUGGAGGAACGGAUUGCUGCUCUGGAAUCUAGCGUCACGUCUUCUCCCUGUUCACUACGAUCAGCGGAGAGUCUCUACCAACACUCGCGGGCUGAUGGGCCGUCUUUGAGUGGCGGGAUUAGUCACGCCCUUCUCGAUACCACGACGUCCUUCCUUGGCUUGACGCAACAUACUCGGCUCGCCGGUUGCGUGGUGGCGCCCACCAAGGUUCCAUCUGCCAAAGAUUCAUUCAGCCUGUCGGAUCUGGACGAGAAUAAUCCACGGACAAUCCUCAAUCAACAACCCUCCCAUCUGUCACCGACCUCGGUGCCUGUUCAAGUGGCCCGAUUCCUGUUCAGCACGUACAUCACCCGCAUCAUUCAUCAAUACCCCUUCUACCACGUUUCGGAUGUCGAGCAAGCGUUCAGUGCUAUAUUCCCCGAUGGCUGCGACAGGCCGAUACCAGAGAGUCAUGCGGAGGCUCGAGACAUCUAUAUUGUCAGUCUGAUCAUGGCCAUUUCCUUGUCUACCGCCGCACGGAAUAAACAGGCACAUGCUCAUGGCCUCGCCACUGGCUUAUUCAAGAAGGCCAUGUUACAAGUGCCAGCUGUCCUCUCCAACGAUCUGUCUGGUCUUCAAGCGCUCCUGUUACUUAUCCAGUAUACGUUCCUCAACCCCAGUGUAGCCAACCUUUGGCUGUUGACCGGCGUCUCGAGCGAGGCAUGUUUCGACAUGGGAUUGCACAAGGAUCUUCCGGACGGAGCAAUCGAUGUUGCAAGUAAGGAUCUCCGUCGACGGAUUUUCUGGUGCGCCUGGGAAAUGGAAGUGGCGGUGAGCGCAGGCUUUCAAAGACCUAUCAGGACUCUAAACAAGUACAUCAACGUGCCCUUCCCGACCGAAUAUGACGACCGCGCGGUUCACCAACAUGGAAUUGCUACUACAGGGCCAAAAGUGAAAUUUGUUUCUCGCCGAAUUUGGCUUUUCCGUCAAAUCGAGUCUGAAAUCAUAUCUAUCCUCUAUCAAGACGAACCCUUACCGACGGAUUCCAUGUCACUAGACCAGUGGCUGAUUGACGUUGAUAAACGCAUUUCUCAAUGGCGACACGAGGUUCACCAAUCGGCAGCACAGAAUCAGGACGACCCUUUAGUUAAGUUACAGUGGGACGAGAUCUCAUUGUAUACCGACAUUGCAUAUCACUAUAUCUUGGUCCUGAUGUAUGGACCGUCACCAAGGCUAAAGAGCCCUCCCCGACGAAAUUUGAUAAAGGCAUUCGAAGCGGGGGUGAAGGUUGCGACGGGUUACUGGGAACAGGCCAAUACCGAGUUUGGCAAAAUUAAAUACGUCUUUCACCCUUGCUACCACACCUUCUCCUCCGCCGUGGUCUUCCUCAAAGUGUUGCAGAGUUGCAAAGCAGACAUUGCGCAUUUGUACACAUCGGAAGAGGUCGAAGAUUACGCCCUCUGUUUCUCGCGACUGUUCUCGACGAUUGCAGAGAGAUGGCCUGCCGCAACUCUCUGCCUUGAGGAAUUCGAUCGACUUUGGGGCACAGUAAAGAAGGAAUACGCCGACUUUUUGCAGUUGAAGGAGAUCAAUUCAUUGACGCAGACAUGGCUGGGUCACUCGGUAUCCCCAGACGACCUUGACGACACAACUGAUAUAUCUGGCGACCUGAAUUUUAUGCCCUUCUUUAACACCUAUACGACCACGACGGAAAGUGACUGGAAUACCGCAUGGACCGUCAUGCCUAACGAUUGGAACGCCGAGUUUAAUUUCGGUAUGGACUUUACGGACAGCGUUGGAGCAUGAACACCAGUGCGAACGCAACUCCCAAAUUUCACAGUCGAUUUUGUUGCAUGGAACCUUGGAGAUGGGAAUGGUUGACUGUAGCUCAACCUCCAGUCUCGGUCGGAGUGGGCCUUUCAAAAGUUGCAUCACGUAACCAUUUUUUCCAAACCGUAGUCUGGGGUACUGGGUUGGACACCCCCGAGCCACCAUGACGUUGCUGAGCGGAAUCAUCAAGGCAUUCACGAAAAUCCUCUGACUGGCCAAAAUCGGGAUGACCGACCUUGAGCCUGCUAGCGUUUUCAUUUCCGCCGAGUGGAUAGGCUCAGCGGAGCUGAAGCAAAUGGCAACAAGCACGAAGGAGAAGCAAGCGCUCUUUCUCCAUACCGGGGUGCCUCUUCGAGACGAAUGGAUCCGCUGUAACCUUCCCGGGGCGUGGACACUGUCUUUGCAUUGAAAGCACGGGGCUUACUGUACACAACGAAUCGC